GUGGUGCUCGGUGUGAGCUUCUGGGUGAUGGGUCUGAUGCCCUCGGAGGUGGGGCCGGCCUACCCGUCGACCAUUUUCACCCCAGCGAUGCCAGGCAAUACCCCGGACUGCGUGAAGGACCCCAGAGACACGUUCUGCAUAGCACCCAAAAAGUACCCCAAAGAGCGCAUAAUAUACCUUCUGGAGAACAAAAUGUUUGACAUCGACUCCUUACUAACGGAUGAAUCCCGCGACUCCUACACGUUCGAAGCCAGAGAAGCUCCAACGCUGCCCUCGAUGUACGGCUACGACCGCCCCCGGACCAGCUACGGCCCGCCUCGCCCCCCGUCGUCCAGCUAUCUCCCCCCUCGCCAGAACUACAGCAGCACCUCCAAGCCAGGCUACGUCCCCCCUCCGUCCCCUUCCAAGUACGGGCCGCCAACCAGCAACUACGAUCACCCCCAGACGUCCUCGUACCUCUACGACCCGCCUAUGCCCACCUACGACCAGGAGGGGCCCUACCCACGCUACCCGAAGUCGCCUCCAGGGUCCUACCUCCCUCCCCGGUACAUCCCCCCGCCCCCCCGCCCCCCGCCCAAACCCCAACCCUGGUGGAUGAAGAUCAUGAGGUCCUCCCUCCGCCGCCAGCGCCGCCAGACCUCCUCCAUGGACCUCUGCCCCUACGAGUCCGAGUUCAUCAUGCCCAGGGUCGGUCUCAAUAACAGAGGCGACUGGAUGUUCCUCGUCAACCUCAACGAAGUCUCCAGCGAAUACACACAGUUGGUCGAGAGCAAGAAGUGCAUCACAAACAGCUGCACCGGAGCCUGCAACGUUCCUGACGGCUUCACCUCCGUGUGCCAGCAGCAGUACGUGCAAAAGCGGCUGAUCGCCCUCGACGCCGGCGGGAUGGCGCUUUCCACGGACACCUUCUGGUUCCCCUCCUGCUGCGUGUGCAAGCUAAACCCGAUCGGUGGAUAGUGGAACAAAGUAGUGUAGUGUAGCAAAGAGGAUGCAGAAAAAUUCCUUAGUUGGGCCUCCUUCUCCGGUAUGAAGGGCGAUUUCGACACGGAAAUUUUCAGUCGUCAUCUCUCUUUCUAAAAUGGAUUGCUUUAUCCGAAACAAUAAGACAUUUGUGGAUUCACCCUCUGAUGUUUUGUAAGGAAAAGAGAAAGAUUCGGGUUGCAUAGCUCGAGAUACAUUGGAGUCAGGACCGCCGCAAGCUCUGAUUUAAAGAAAACGCUAAAAAGCCGACUUGAGCGCCGAGAGAAAACGCAGAAGCAAUUUAUGGGUAACCGUGAUAGUGACAUGUAUCGCACAAAGAGGCUCUGUGAACUGGGUAUUGUUGUUGCAGGUACAGUAGCUGUUAGAUUUAUGUAGCUUAUUGUGAAAAAACAACAUAUAUUUGUUCUCGUAUUGUGUGUUCCAGAAUAUGUAAUCAAGUUACAGAACAUGGUGUAAGGAGAAGGCACACUUUUGUAUGCCUAACUUCAAUAUUCUUUAAAUGAUUCUUCAGCUGGUUUGACAGGAUUCUUUUAAAGAUGGUUCAGUUCAAGAUCGUGUUUUUUUUUCUCUCUCUCUCUCUCUCUUUUAUUCUUGUGACUCUCCUUCUCCGAACGAUGGACUCUCCAAAGAAGAUUUUGUCCGGGAAUGGCCCAACCGUUACAUGCAAAACGAGGAUUUGUACAAUCAGUUUCUUAAGAUUUGAUUAUUUAUAUGUUGAGGAUAAUCCCUUAUUUAUAUUCUUGUCACACUUAUUUUUUUAGAACGAUUAUGUGAAUAUAUAUAUAUCACCUAGAAUGUGUUGUGCUGCAUAUUUUAGAUCAAAAUAUAGAUGUUCAGUCCUAGCAGUGUUCCCCAAUGAGAAAAAUACAACUAACAAAAUAAAAUUCACAAAAAGUAA